GAUGUGUUUAGGAAUGUGUUUGACUACAUAGAUCGCCUUGUUGACGCUGUUAGGCCUCACAAGCUGAUCUAUAUGGCUAUUGAUGGAGUUGCCCCACGUGCCAAAAUGAACCAACAAAGAUCAAGACGUUUUCAAACUUCUAAGGACAAUAAAAUUCGUGAAGCUGAGGAAGAAAGAUUGCGAAAGCAAUUUGAAAUGGAAGGCAAACAAGUUCUUCCUAAGCAAGAAUCUGAAGUGUCAGAUUCUAAUGUCAUAACACCAGGCACAGAGUUCAUGCAUGAACUCUCAAAGGCCCUUAAAAGCUAUAUCUCUUCAAGAAUAAGCGGUGAUUCAUUAUGGAACUAUGUUAUGGAUGCUGAUCUAAUAAUGCUUGCAAUGGCAACUCAUGAGCCCCAUUUUUCAGUAUUAAGAGAGGAUGUACCUAUUCAGCAGCUGCAGCAGCAAAAAAUUGUUGCUAAGCCUUUCAAGUUUUUGCAUAUUUGGUUGUUGAGGGAAUAUCUUGAGAUAGACAUGAAGGUAGAAGAUCCUCCCAAAAAUUUCAGCUUUGAAUUGGAUCGGAUCAUUGAUGAUUUCAUCUUCAUGUGCUUUUUUGCUGGAAAUGAUUUUCUACCCCACAUGCCAACUUUGGAAAUUCACGAGGGGGCUAUUGAUUUACUGAUGACUGUUUACAAGAAAGAAUUCAAUAAUCUUGGAGGAUAUCUUGUCGAUAUGAGCCGGAUUGGUGAGAAAAAUGCUGCUUUUAUUAAGUUAUCAAGAGUUGAAAAAUUUAUACUUAAGGUUGGCACCUACGAAGAGAAAAUAUUUAAGAAAAGAUCCGACAUUAGGGACCGGCAGUUGAGAAGGCUUAUUAAUGAUUAUGAGGAUGCCAAGCAGGAAGAAAAGAAUGUAACAUGUCACUCUGUUCUUGACAAUGAAAGUACUUCUGAUUGUGCUCUUCUAAUUUGUAAGGCCCCAGCUUCCAAAGAGGUUUCUGUUCCAGCUACAUCUGCUGAAAUUUUUCAGAACACAAAGGAUUUAAGAGAUGAAUUAAGGAAAUGUAUGAGAGAAAAAUGUAACUUGUUUAAGAGUGGGGAGUACCUCAUUGACAAGAUAAAACUGGGAGCAGCUAGCUACAAAGAAAGGUAUUAUAAAGUGAGGUUUUUUGUAGAGGGCCCUACUGACAUUGAGUGCAAAAGGAAAGAAAUAGUCCAAAAGUACACAGAAGGAUUGUUGUGGGUUCUUCAAUACUAUUUUUCUGAUGUUGCUUCGUGGACAUGGUUUUAUCCAUUCCACUAUGGUCCAUUUGCUUCGGACUUGAAGGGAAUGGGUCAGGUGAGGGUAAAAUUUGAAAAAGGUGUCCCAUUCUUACCACUUGAUCAACUUUUAAGUGUGCUGCCCCCUCAAAGUGCUCAUGCACUUCCAAAAGCCUAUGCACAAUUAAUGCUGGAUGAACAUUCAAGAAUAUUAGACUUUUAUCCUCAGGAUUUUGAAGUUGACCUAGAAGCUAAGCGAUUCUUGUGGCAGGGUAUCUGCAAACUUCCAUGGAUAGAAGAAAGCCGGCUUUUGGCUGAAACCGUAGAUCUCAAAAAUCAAUUAUCUGCAAAUGAAGCCAUAAGAAAUUCAGUCAAACUUGAUUGCUUGUUUGUUAGAAGGUCUAACAAAUUAGUGGAGAAAAUAUGUUCCCUUUGUCUCGGGGAAAAUUCAUCUUACAAGUUGAACAUGAGAAUAUGUGAUGGCAUUGGGGGUAUCAUAAGUCUUUGCCAUGAAGGUGUUGACAAGCCUUGCUUGGGGAUGGAGAUUUGUGACAACGAAAAAACAAAUUGUGUCCUAUAUGUCUAUUAUGAAGUGCCUGCUGGUAAUCAUAUUCCUCGUUUAUUAUCUGGUGUAAAUCUUCCAGAGAAGACAAUCUUUGGGGGUGACAUUAUGGAAACAGAACUCUGGCAUGAGCGGCAGAACCAUAGUCGUUUUGAGAGGGUGCAGAAUCAAGUCAGAUGGAGGAGUGAACACACAGAGAGAAGCACUUCAAAGUUUUCUCCAAAUGCAACUACUCAUCAUACAAGAAACUUUUCAUCUAAUAUGCCUCCUGAAGUCAUGCACAAAGGUGCUACUGGUGUUGGAUGGAGUGUAGGUAGAGGCAAAGCAUGCAAUAGUUCCAACGUGAGAGGAAUUGAUGCAAUGUCCAGUCAAAGAAUGCCAUCAUUGUCUCCUUUUCAUAAACAACAUAAGGAUGCAGGAUCUUAUCAUGUCACUACUACUAGAGACAUAAGAUCACAACACUUUGUGGACAACUUUAGACAACUCAGAAUAUCAGAGUCUAAUCAUUUGCCAAGGCCUGGUGACAGAUCUCAAUUUCAGCCAUAUAAUAAUGGUUACACAAAUCAGUCAACAAAUCCUCCUUAUCAUCAAGGUUCACAAUCUGAGAUCAGGCUUCAAAAUGGCUCCAGUAGAGUUAAUUCAUGGAAGAGUGCUUCCACAAACAGCUCAUUGCGACCUCAAUGGAAUGGUGCAAAGUCUUACCAAGUGAAAGAUCAAAAUCGUUGGUAAGAAAUUGCAUAUUUGGAGUGGAGCAAAUAGAAGCUUGAUAGUGUUUUGGCCCAAGACUAUCCUUUUUUAUCUUGAAGUUAUUAAAUGUUUUUAUUUAUUUUGGCUAAAUUAAAUGUUGAAAAAAUGGAAGAUGUUGAUUUUGUACCAAGUAGCAUUGAUGUUUUGUGUUUGAUCUCCUGUUACUAAUGACUAUUUAUAGGGUACAACUUAAUAGGAGGUGCUUUUUUGUAUGUGAUGUUGUUUAGUUACUCUUUUUAACAUCAGCAAUACUGUGCGUUGU